GCCUCUCCUAUUUAUCUAACGACCUCAAACAAAACUAAUGAUCUCCAGGCACCGCCCGCUACUUCGACAUCAACGACCUGGAACCGCCAGAGGGCUACCCCGAAUCGAAUUGACUGGCGGUGGCGGGGAUCAUCCUCCUCGCCAUCGCCAUCGUCGGCAGCGUGAUCCUUGCAGUCAGCGGCAGGACCCGCGCGCGAGUCAUCCGUAGCGGACAGCAUGUGUACGAACAGAUCGCAGCGAAGAAGGUGGGAUUGUUCAAAGGGUAACAGCACUGGCAGCUUGUUUUUGCAUUGUCUAGGUGGAGAGGUGUCUUCUGUAGGCUCGGCGUUUUUAUCUCUUUUUGUUUUCUGUCUUCCUUUUCCCUACCUUCUAUUUUUGUUGUUUACUUUUAAUUUCUAUCACUUGUUUUAUCUUAUCUUCUCUUCGCCAUUGUGUUCUUUUACCUUUCUAUUUUAUUUCCAUUUGAGCAUGCAUUGCUGUCGUGGGUAUGGACAAAACAAAAGUGGAGGAGUCCUGUGCCCCGUCAAUCUUCUACAAGGAUGGGAUUCAUGAUUUAGGAAAUCAACCAUGGACGAUUGCUUUGAUAUUGUACUGUACAUGAGAUAAAGCUUUAAAUAAG